AUGGCAGCAGCAAACCAAGAAACCGAUCAAGCUAGGGCGUUCCCCCUAGGCGACGCGCGUCAUCUACGCCCGGAUGGUGUGAGAAAUGGACGAGGGCUACCUGCUCAAGGACGGGGCAGGCUAAAGAAGAGAGUCCACCGAAUCCGAUUAGCCACACUUAACAUCGGAACCCUCACUGGCCGUAGCCGUGAAUUGGCUGAUACUCUCAAGACCAGACGCAUCGACAUCGCGUGUAUCCAAGAGACCAAGUGGAAAGGGAGCAAGGCAAGAGACAUUGGAGAAGGGUACAAACUCAUCUAUGAUGGUGUCACGUCGAGCCGAAAUGGAGUUGGCGUGGUCGUCUGUCAACAACUACGAGACAGCAUUGUCGAAGUCGAAAACAUCUCUGACCGCCUAAUCUCGAUUAAGAUUGUUUCCGGCCCAACCACCCUCAGAGUCAUCUCAUGCUACGCCCCUCAAGUCGGCUGCACCGAGCAAGAGAAGGAUGAGUUUUGGGAAACCCUCGGUGCUCACCUACAGAUAAUCACCACAGACGAACACAUCCUGGUCGGAGGAGACCUAAAUGGCCAUGUUGGCGAAGAUCGUGGAGGAUAUGACCAAGUCCAUGGAGGACAGGGGCUAGGUACACGCAACGACGAGGGAGCCCGCAUCUUGGAUUGCGCCGAAGCCCAUGACCUUGUCGUCGUCAACACCUUCACCAGUGGCGGCCACAGAACCCAGAUUGACUACUGGAUGAUCCGACGCGCGACAACCCAGACCGAGAAUCACUGGGCCUGA